UUUAUAACCUCCACGUAUGUGAUUAAGUACCGAUCACGUUUUUGUUUUGAUAACAACUGUGAAGUGAAAGCAUAGUUGUGUUCGUGUGCUUCUUUACGUAUUCAGUAAAUUAAUGCGUUCAAAGUUAUUAUUUGACUUUCAUCAAACAAUAUUUUCUAGAAUAAAAUCAGUACGUGGACUAAGAUUACCUAAAUAUCAAAAACCAAGUAAGAAAAAAAUGGCAAUGAAAGAAAAGGAAGGAAGAUCUAAAGUUUCUGAAAUGAAACCUCUGCCAACUUACAUUGAGGAUCGUUUGAAAAUAUGGGAUAAGCUGAAGGAAGAGUAUAACACUGAACUUGCUAAUAAAGUAUUGGAGCCAAUCACUGUCACUUUUCCUGAUGGAAAAACAACUAAUGCUAAAGCUUGGCAAUCCACACCAUAUGAAGUAGCAAAAGGAAUAAGUCAAGGACUUGCUGAUAAUACAAUCAUUGCUAAAGUUAACGGAGAACUUUGGGACAUGGAUAGACCACUGGAAAAAGAUUCAACUUUGGAAUUACUUAAAAUUGAUAAUGAAGAAGCUCAACAAGUUUUUUGGCAUUCAUCCGCCCAUAUACUGGGUGAGGCUAUGGAAAGAAUUUAUGGAGGUUGUUUAUGCUAUGGACCACCAAUUGAAGGAGGAUUUUACUAUGAUAUGUUUCUGCAAAAUAAACAAGUAUCAAACUUUGAUUUUCCUGUUAUGGAAACUCUUGUUAAAACUAUUAUCAAAGAAAAACAACCAUUUGAACGACUUGAAGUGAGCAAAGAGGAUUUACUGGAAAUGUUUAAGUAUAAUGAAUUUAAAAUUAGGAUCUUGAAUGAAAAAGUGCAAACACCAAAAACUACUAUUUAUCGUUGUGGACCAUUAAUUGACUUGUGCAGGGGACCACAUAUUCGUCAUACUGGCAAAGUCAAGGCUUUUAAAGUUAUUAAAAAUUCUUCUACAUACUGGGAAGGAAAUGCAAAAGCAGAAACUUUACAGAGGAUCUAUGGCAUAUCAUUUACGGAUAAUAAACAAAUGAAAGAGUGGGAAAAAUUCCAGGAAGAAGCUGCUAAAAGAGAUCAUCGUAAAAUUGGAAGAGAACAAGAAUUAUUCUUUUUCCACGAAUUAAGUCCAGGGUCUUGUUUUUUCCAACCAAAAGGAGCUUAUAUUUACAAUACUUUGAUUGAAUUCAUCAAGAGUGAAUAUAGAAAACGUGGAUUCCAAGAAGUUGUUUCCCCAAAUAUUUUUAACACCAAACUAUGGCAGACAUCCGGUCAUUGGGCACAUUAUUCAGAAAACAUGUUUUCAUUUGAUGUAGAGAAAGAAACUUAUGCUUUAAAACCAAUGAAUUGCCCUGGACAUUGUUUAAUAUUUGAUCAUCGCAAUAGAUCCUGGAGAGAAUUGCCACUUAGAUUGGCCGAUUUUGGUGUCCUUCACCGUAAUGAAUUAUCUGGUGCAUUAACAGGAUUAACACGUGUUCGACGUUUUCAACAAGAUGAUGCUCAUAUAUUUUGUACUACAGAUCAGAUUGGUGAAGAAAUGAUGAAUGCAUUAGAUUUCUUACGUCAUGUAUAUACAGUAUUCGGAUUUACAUUCCAUUUGCGUUUAUCUACUAGACCUGAAAAGUAUUUAGGUGAAUUAGAAAUGUGGGAACACGCUGAAAAGCAAUUAGCUAAUAGUUUGGACGCAUUUGGUGAACCUUGGGUAUUAAACCCAGGAGAUGGUGCAUUCUAUGGGCCGAAAAUUGACAUAACUAUUUCUGAUGCACUAAAACGACAACAUCAGUGCGCUACUAUACAAUUGGAUUUUCAACUUCCCAUAAGAUUUAAUUUAAACUAUAUUGGUGAAUCAGGAGAAAAGAUACGUCCAGUAAUUAUACAUCGUGCUAUAUUUGGCUCGGUAGAAAGAAUGAUUGCUAUUUUAACUGAAUCCUUUGCUGGUAAAUGGCCAUUUUGGUUGUCCCCUAGACAAGUUGUUGUAAUUCCUGUUGGUCCUCAAUUUGAUGAAUAUUCUGAGAAAGUCAAAAAAGAAAUAUAUGAUGCUGGUUUUAUGUGUGAUGUUGAUGUUGAUCAUGGUGAUACAUUAAAUAAAAAAAUUCGUAAUGCACAAUUGGCACAGUAUAAUUUUAUUCUAGUUGUUGGAGAAAAAGAAAAAUCAGCAAAUACAGUAAAUGUUCGCACAAGAGAUAAUAAUGUUCAUGGAGAAUUCAGUAUUGAAGAAACAAUUCAAAGAUUUCAUAAACUUAAGAUUUCUAAAACUAAUAAUAGUGAAAUUGAAUUUUAAUUUUAAUUAAUACAAUAAAUUUUCUUUUUUAAAAACAGUA